GUUCGAGCGGAUGGCGUGCCCAUUGACGACCCAGAGGAGUUCCAGCUCCGACGGGAAGAUGUGGUGCAGAUGGGUGUUUCCUUCCGCACCGAGGGCGUUCCCGUGCAGUACAGAGGUGACCGCAUGAAUUAUUUCUCAUUGCAGAUCGAGGGCAUCAGAGCCUUCCGCCUCCAGAAAGAGCCGCAGGUGGUGUAUGCCGGCCGGCUGGAUGAUGUAGCGCCGACAGUGCAAGAGGCAGAUGCAGACCAGGUUUUUGCUGAUCCAGAAGACAGGCCCAGAGAGGGCCCGUACAACGGCCUUUGGACGCGGCCAAAGACGGGUGCCGAGGCCGUGAUUGGCAGUGGCUUGGCCUUCAGCCUCCUGCGAGUCAACGGCUUCAACGACCAUCCAGGUGGCAAGUUCCCAGUGGUGCUUAACCAGGCUCCGCUGCAUAGGCCGCAUCUAUCCUUCCAUUCUGAGACUGUCCGGUCCAUCUCUCGCGGAGAUGUGGCUGCGCUGCUGGUUUCUGCCAUGUCAGAGCCGAACUGCGUGAACACAGAGAUCAUUGCAGGCGAGGCGCCGGAGGGCGCCGAGGAGUCCAGCGCCUCACAGGUGGAGAUCACUUCGACACUCCAGGAAGAUGUGAGAGGCACCUUUACUGAACGAAGAUUUCCUUUCAAGGACGAGCAGUAUGGAACCUUAAUCCGCCUUCGGCCAAGCUCAGUGGAAGGCAUUUCUUCCGUGGACCACGCGGGAUUGCUUGAUUACAGGCUCAACGGGGACGUGUGCUUCUCGAUCUUGCGUCAGUACAAGAUGUUCAACGUGGACAUCAUCGUGAAUGAAGAUGCAACGAUUGACGACUUCAUCGACGUGCUGGAGGAGACCGGCACAGCGCCACGGCAGUACUGCAAGUGCCUCUACGUCUACAACAAGAUCGACAUGCUGAACAUCAGUCAGGUCGAGGAGUUGGCGAGGCAGCCCUACUCCGUGGUCAUCUCCGUCAGCAAGGGGUUGAAUUUGGAUGGCUUGCUGGAAAGAAUCUGGCAGGAGCUGGACUUGCGCCGAAUCUACACCAAGAAGAAGGGCCUUUUCCCCGAUUUCACAGAGCCGAUAGUUUUGACUUGCCAGCGCGGCAAUAAGACAAUGUCGGUCGAGAACGCCGUCGGCCUGCUUCACAAGAGUUUGCUGGACGAGUUCAAGUCAGCGCUGGUUUGGGGCUCCAGCGUCCGUGCAUCCCCGCAAGUGUGCGGCCUGAAGCACGAGCUCCAGGACGAGGAUGUAAUGCAAAUCACGAAGCUUACCGCAGCUGAGAAGCAGAAGAAAAUGCACGGGAAGAAGACAGGCACCACUUUGGCCGGAGGGAACACACAGGUGGACCCCACCGGCAAGAAGGACUCUUUCCUUUCCUUCCAUGCUGAACUGUCGGAGAAGCCUGCGAGUAGGGCAGUCGCCACAAUGCGGCUCUUUGUCCGGGGCAUAGCUGGUGAGACCUCCGCAGUGGAGGUUGCGUCUGCUGCCAGUGUAGCCGACGUCCAGCUGCAGAUUCAGGAAGUCCAGGGUGUGCCUUGCAGCGAGCAGCGGCUGAUCUUUGGAGGAAGGUCUUUGCAGUCCGAAGAGCUCCUGGCUGCCUGUGGUGUGGAAGAGGAGUCGAUUGUGAGAUUGAAGGUGCUUCAGCUUUUUGAAGCCUCGAGCUCACUUCUGCUCCUGUACAAAGUCGCCAUGGUCCGACAGUCUGUCCGAAAGUCCCGAUGUGCGGCUGGCGUUGCCGCCGCUGCUCUCAGCAUGUGCUACCUGGCCGCAGCCUUUGUGAUGCCUCCUGCAGAAGGCCAAGGCGCAGGCCGGCGUGAGGCCUUGUUGGGCCUCGCCGGUGCUGCCGCAACGCUCUCUGCAGAGCCUGCACAGGCAAAGGCGGGAGCAGGCGAGUGGACGGGCUAUUACAGCGACCCUCAGCACCCGAUGUGCCCACGAAAGAUCGUGUACGAGUAUGACCUCUACGAGAAGGCGCAGCUGAUGGUCGAUGGAGGCGAUGGCAACCCCGGGUGCGAGAAGAAGGUGCUCACGAGGUGGACGGCCAAGGUCGACUGGAAGGCAGGCUCGGACGAGAUUACCAUCGAUUUCAGCAAGAAGGGCGGGCCCAGUGACGUGGUCGGAAAGUGGGAGGGGGACGGGAUCGUCUUCCCCGAUGGCAACAAGUGGAAGAAAAUCAUUGAUUUCAACACUGGCAACGGCGGCGGCAAGAAGCGCAAGAAGAAGACGUACACCAAGCCCAAGUGUCCUGGCCUUGUUAUAGAGAUUAACGAUCAGGCAGACUCAGUUGUCAAGGCAGUGGCUGUUUCAGUGAAUGCAAUCAGGAAGAUCAAGCACAAGAGGAAGAAGGUCAAGCUCGCAGUGUUGCAUCUUGAUGGCAGUCAGGCGCUUGCAGACACCUACCGGUCACCUACCCCGACAAGGAAGUUCUACAAGGUUGACUCCAACGACAAGGUGACCCGCUUGCGACGCGAGUGCCCUCACGAGACCUGUGGCCCAGGAGGUGUUGACUUAGCCCGGUUUCUUGCAGCUGACAACAUGGCGCCGUACAAUGCCUCCGAGGAAGUUGAGCCACCCUUCAUGAAGAAGUACUUUUCAAACGAGUUUAUGAUGAAGUAUGAGCCCUUAGCAGCGGCGAAGCGCAGGUUGGAUGAAGACAAGAACGACGCGGAAGCGCAGAAGAUGUACGACACAUACUUUCCCAUGUACAAGAAUUAUGACUGGUGCAGCUCUUGGGAUGGCACGAAGUACGACUUGGUCUUCUACGGAGUGUCGGGCUACACUGGCUAUCUGAUGAUGGAGUACCUCAAGCGCGUGUCACUGAAGCAAAGCGCGGAAGACUUCACGUUCGCGUUUGCUGGGCGAACACCUGGUAAAGUGCAGGAUUUGCGCGAUCGUGAAUUCGCGGGGACUCCCUAUGAGGACACCCCGGUCUUUCAGAUGUCCUACGAUGACCCGUACUCCAUGAUCGACCUCGUCAAGAGUGCCAGGUGCAUCAUUAACGUCGCAGGGCCUUACAUGCUCACUCAGGGUGAGCUGAUGAUCGAUGCCUGCAUAUCCAUGGGAGUGCACUACUGCGACAUCAGUGGAGAGAUCCCGUGGUCCCGCAGAAUUACGCCUCUGCAUAAGCACGCCCAGAAAAACGGUGCCUACAUCAUCCCCAGUGCAGCCUCUGCCGGUGGCUUCCCGGACCUUUGCACCUACCUCUGUGCCAAGAAAGCUCGGGAGGACUACAACGAGGAGUUGAGGAAGGCCAUUUGCUACGUGAAUGGCGGCGGUGCAAUUGCUACGGCCUCCGGAGGUACGCUGAAGACUCGUGCCACGAUGGCUGCUGGUGGUGACGAGACCCGAAAAAUGAUGGGCGACCCCUACGCUCUUGGCGGCUUUGUGCCAGACCGGGACCGCCACGGCAUCAAGUACUGCAACAUCGAGUUUGGGACAGGCUCGGUUACGACCAAGGUGCGUGCCGAGGACUUGGAUGCCAACAUGUCCAAGAUCUCGGAAGACAAGCACUUGGGCAUCUGGCGCGGGCCCAACGUGUAUUCAUAUUUCGAUACACGCAUCGUUCGCCGGUCCAACAUGCUCCUGGCGGACAUGGGCGGCAAGCCUUACGGCAAGAGCUUGAACUUCCUGCAGUUCUCAGUCCUCCCAGCAGAGAUGCUUCUCCAGGGCAAGCAGGGAGGUGGAGGAGGCGGCGGCGGUGGCGGCAGCGUGGAGGCAGAGAAGAAGGCGUUGGAAGCCAAAGGUGUUUACUACGGAGCGGGCGAGGGGCCACCCCUUGAGGAGCUUGAUGAUGCGUGGAGUGCGUGGUUUGUCUGGGCACAGACAGAGAAGGGCCAUGAGGUGAGGUGCGACUUCAUUGGCCGAGACGGCUACUUUGAGACAGCACGAAUCGCGGUGGAAACUGCGAUGUGCUUGGUUUUCGACAGAGAGGCUCUGCCCUUCAGGGGUGGCGUGCUCACCCCGGCCGUAGCCUGCGGCGAAGCCCUGGCUCAGCGCCUGAUCAAUAGCGGCGUCAAGUUCUCGAUGGGUAAAUGGCACGAUGUCUCAGAGUUCAAUCCACCACCCAAUCCGUAA